AUGAACAGUGGCCUCAAACUGUCGAAUUGUGGAAGUGAACUUGUCAAAGAUGUGACUUUGUACAGGUCAAGUGUUGGAGCAUUACAGUAUGCCACUGUCACACGGCCAGACCUAGCGUUUUGUGUAAACAAAGUGUGUCAAUAUAUGCAUCAACCUCUGCUUUCUUACUGGACAGCAGUGAAAAGAAUCUUAAGAUAUGUGGCUGGCACUUUGGACUAUGGUCUCUUGCUAAAACCAGUCAAGGAUUUCUCUCUUGAAGUGUUCUGUGAAGAGGAUUGGGCAUCUGAUCCAGAUGACAGGAGGUCCACGACAGGUUAUUGCAUCUAUCUAGGGGGAAAUUUGGUCACUUGGAAAUCACAAAAACAAGCCACAAUCAGCAGGUCUUCCACUGAAGCUGAGUUUCAGAGUCUUGCAAGUGUUGUUUCAGAGGUGCUACAAAAUCAAAUACAAGUCAAACAUGUUCCUGCUCAGGCUCAAAUCGCAGAUUGUCUCACCAAGCCCAUCUCUAGCUCUCGCUUCUCUAAUCUUCGAAGCAAACUGUGUGUCGAUUCUAAAUCCACACUCAGUUUGAGGGGGGCUGUCAAGGACGCUGAUACAUAG